CUUUCUCUCUUCCUGUCUCAGGAGCGCGAACGACUCAAGCAGGAGAAGCGCGACGAGAAGCGGCUCAACAAAGAACGCAAGCUGGAGCUGCGCCGCCUCGAACUGGAAAUGCUGCGAGAGAUGAAGAAGCCCAACGAAGACAUGUGCUUAACCGACCACAAGCCUCUACCGGAGUAUUCCCACAUUGCUGGUCUGGUGCUGCCGGGGCAGGUGUUUGCAGACUGCCUGAUGGUGGUGCAGUUCCUGCGCAGCUUUGGGAAGGUUUUGGGUAUAGAGCAGAGUGAGGUUCCUACACUGGGUGUGCUGCAGGAGGGUCUCCUCAACCUGGGCAACAGCAUGGGGCAGGUGCAGGACCUGCUGGUGCGCCUGCUCUCCUCAGCUGUGUGCGACCCAGGACUGCCCCCAGGGCACAGGGCCAAGUCCAUCCUGGGUGAUCACCUGACCAACGUGGGUCUGAACCGGGACAACGUGUCGGAGGUUCUGCAGCAGUUCAUGGAGGCUCACUGCGCUCAGACGGAGAUGGCCGACAUGACCCUGAGCCUGAAGACCAAGGCCUUCCAAGCUCACACGCCGUCGCAGAAAGCCGCGGUGCUCGCCUUCCUGGUCAACGAGCUGUCCUGCAGCAAGAGCGUGGUCAGUGAGAUCGACAAGAGUCUGGACCAAAUGAACGUGCUGAGGAAAGACGAGUGUAUCGUGGAGGGAAAACUGAAAAAGAUGAAGAACAUUCAUGCGAAGCGCACGGGGAAGCGAGAAGCCGUCGGGGGAGACGAGCCGCAGUCCAUGGGGACGCCGAGCGCCGGACACAAGCGCAAGAGAAAGGCGGCCGACAGCGACGACGACGACGACGAAGACGACGACAGCGACGAGGCCGCAGACGAAGACGACGAGGACGACGAAGAAGAGGUGAAGAAGGCGAAGAAGGUAGAGACAUGCGAUGAGGAUGAAGGAGAUCAAGCCACGAGCGUAGAAGAGCUGGAGAAACAGAUUGACAAAUUAACGAAGCAGCAGAAUCUGAUCAGACGGAAGCUGUUCGAAUCGUCUCACGCUUUGCGCUCCAUGAGUUACGGACAGGAUCGCUACCGCCGUCGCUAUUGGGUCCUCCCACAGUGUGGGGGAGUCUUCAUCGAGGGAGUGGAGAGUGGAGAAGGUCCCGAGGAGCUCGAGAAGGAGCGAGAGCGGCUUCGCAACUUCGAGCCGGUGAGGAUCAAGGAGGAGCCACAGGAAGAGGAGGAGGAGGAGGAGGAGGAAGAGGCACAGGCCGAGGAGGCGCAAGAGCAGCUGGAAGCGCAGACGGAGGCUCAGGUGAAGCAGGAGGAAGAGCAGCGUGCAGCAAAGGAAGUGAAACAGGAAGAGGAGAAGCCCUGCUCAUCGCCAAACAAGCUCCAGGAGAAGGACGAGCAACCGUUAGACUCCUGUCCUCUCAUGGAGCCUCCAAACCCACCCGGUGACCUCACGUCCCUUUGCUGUACCCCUGACAGCAGCAUGGUGAUCGUCACCGCGGCAACCACAUCAGCAUCAUCUCCAACUCAUUCUACCUCCAAGCCUACUGUACUGUGCAGCACUCCUGUGGACUCCGUACCUCUCGUGGCUCAGUUUGGUGCUACUGUUCCACAGUUUAGUGUUCCUCUGUCUCUGCAGCAUCACCACCUCCUGGCUAACGAUCAGCUCCUGCGCGUUUUAACCGAGCGCAGCGGCCAUUGGUUCAGCCUCCUGCCUCGUUCCCCCUGCGACGACUCUUCCCUCGUCCAGUCCACCACACCGCUGCGCUCCUCAGCUCAGACUAACAACACCCAGCCCAGGAGCCCUCCUGCUCCAUCCGGCUCCCCUCACCAGCACCUCCAACCUCCUUCUGCCUCCAGCAGCCCUCUGGAAGCUGCUCACGACGGCCUGGGAAACCUCACCGUCUCGCCUCUGCAGGUAAAACCCGGUGGUGCUCUGCUGCCUUUGCCCAUGUGUGGAUGGUCGGGUGGCAUGAUCAGUCCAAACCUGCCAAUAUGCAGCAGCCCUAUGCCCGUUUGCCCGCUCACUGAGGGCAAUGCCAGUCCCCUGCUGGCCCCCAGCGUCUCCACCAGCAAAAGCGGCUCUCCUGCGCCCCCUGGUGAAAAACUGCCCUCUGCACCGUCACCUGCUAUAGAUCUGCCACGAAACCAUGACCAGCCACAGCCACAGCCCAUUCCAGAAAACAUGCUGAUGGGCUGGUGGAAGAUGAUGGACAUGGAGGAACUGCAGGCCGUGAUGAAGUCUCUUCACAGCAGAGGCAUCAGAGAGCGAGCGCUGCACAAACAGGUCCAGAAAUCCAUGGAGCUCAUCUCACAGACCUUCAACAAGAACAAGGAGGCUGUAAUGGAGGUGUCGGAGCUGGACGAGGGCCAGGUUUCCGUGGAGACGCUACAGGACUGGUGCGUGGAGGAGCAGGCGAUGGAGACGGACAUCGCCUUACUACAGCAGGUGGAGGAGCUCGAACGCAGGGUCUCUUCCGCCAGCCUGCAGGUCAAGGGCUGGAUGCACCCAGAGCCCCAGUCGGAGAGAGAGGACCUGCUGUAUUACGAGCACAAGCCCCUGCCCAAGCCCUGCCCUGGGGCGGAGUCACAGGAGGAGCGGAGCUCGGAGAAAGGCCUGAGACGGCAGCCCAGCAACCCGCUGGACAUCGCCGUGAUGCGCCUGGCUGAGCUGGAGCGCCACAUCGAGAGAAGGUACCUGCGGAGCCCCUUAGGGACAACCAUCCAGAUCAGGCUGGAUAAUGUGGGGACGGUCACUGUGCCCGCCCCCGCGCCAUCCACUAGCGCUGGAGGGGAAGGGGGUGAGGAGGAGAUCGCUCCAGGGAUGAAGUUGUGGAGGAAGGCACUGAGCGAGGUGAGGAACUCGUCACAGCUGGCCAUGUGCCUGCAACAGCUGCAGAAGUCCAUCGCCUGGGAGAGAUCCAUCAUGAAAGUGUACUGCCAGAUCUGCCGUAAGGGGGAUAAUGAGGACUUACUGCUGCUGUGCGAUGGCUGUGAUAAAGGAUGUCACACCUACUGCCACAAGCCCAAGAUCAACGCCAUCCCUGAGGGAGACUGGUACUGCCCUGCUUGCAUCUCCAAGGCGAGCAACCAGUCCCCUAAGAACAAGAAACCUCAGAGUCGUGUGCAGCCCGGCGGAGGGGGCAAGAAAUCGUCAGAGACGGCCAAGAAGAACAAGAAGCAGCAGGAGGCGUGCGAGGAAGACGAGGCAGGUGGAGGCAGCAGCACCAGCAACAGCAGCCCAAAGAAAACAUCCAUGGCUUCCAGCCAGGCGAAAAAAAGCUCACCCGCUCCUCCACCCGCCAAACUGGAGAGUCCGACCUGCGUGAAGCGAGCCAAAACGGCCAGAGACAACAACCGUGACCUGGGGCUCUGCAGGAUUCUCUUGGCUGAACUGGAGCGGCAUCAGGACGCCUGGCCCUUCCUCACACCAGUCAACCUCAAAUCGGUCCCCGGGUACCGGAAAGUCAUCAAAAAGCCCAUGGACUUCUCCACCAUUCGCGAGAAGCUCGUCAGCAGCCAGUACCAGAACCUCGAGACGUUCAUCAUCGACGUCAACCUGGUGUUCGACAACUGCGAGAAGUUUAACGAGGACAACUCGGACAUCGGCCGCGCCGGACACAACAUGAGGAAGUUCUUUGAGAAGAGGUGGACCGAGCUCCUGAAGCAGACUAACUGAUUCGCUCGAAGCCAUCGCGUGAGCCGCCGCUUUUUUACGAAUCUCUCGACGUGAAACUCGGACCAGAACCGGCCAGAAAUUUCCUUCCAGCAAAGCAAAGCGCCGUUCUCAAACCUGAUCAUGUCCAACAUAGAUAGAAACACACACACACACACACACACACACAGAAAGACACAACACCCCAAAGAGACACAGGACAAGAAGGGUGUCUUUGUGCAAUAUCAUUUCCUUGUAGAAAAGAGUAAUCGCACUGAAAACUUCAAACGUCAGAGCUGUAUCUAGGAGAAGACAAACACUUUCCACUACCUGUAAAUAUCAUCCUUUUGUUUUCUUACCGUUGUUUUAUUUUCCUUUAUCGUUAAUAUUAUAGUGAAUGUAUUUAAUUUUUUUUUAAAUGAUUAUUUAUGACAAAAAAAAAGGUCCAUUCUUCAUUUUCUAUGAAAAGGAAGAAAGCUCAAACUGCUUUAAAAAAAAAAAAAAAAAAUCAAAUUGAAUGUUUAUUUGUACGUGUGGGUUUUUUUUCGUUUGUUGUUUUCGUUGUUGUUGUUGUUUUUUUGUUUUGUUUUUUUUUCCUCUCCAAAUAUAAAUCAAAGCCAAGAAAAGAAAGGAACCUGUUUACACCGCUCCGGGCUGUCUGGCGUCGGAGUUUUCCCCUAGUACACACACACACACACACACACGAGCAGUGGUGGUUCCCCCAAACACACAUACAAAAAAGAAAGAAAAAAAGAAAACAAACGUGUACAUAAUGUCUGUUGAUAUCGAUAUAUAUAUAUAUAUCGAGUCUUGUUUGGAAUGAUGUGUACAUAUGGUUUCAAACAUUGGAUAUUGUUCAUGCCUUAGACCGAUUGUAGCAUUUAAUUUUAGUCUUAAAGUGACUUAUUAUUAUUAUUAUUAUUAUUAUUAUUAUUAUUAUUAUUAUGAUGGACACAUUUAUUGGUUGUACAGUAUACACAUAUCUUCUACAAACACUGUGGUCUCCUUAAUCUUGGUAGUGCCUGCCCUUCUGAACAGGGUGUAGGGAAGUAUUUUUUUGUUUGUUUGUUUGUUUGUUUUUGUUUGUUUUUAUGAUUUUUUUUUUUUUUCUAAAGAAAAAAAGAAACACUCCCUGGCUUCCUCCGCACGCUGGCAUAUAUACUGUACAACACGAGGGUGUAUCCCCAUGUGAGAACUUUUGGGAGAAGGUUUCAGCAACACACACACACACACACACACACACACACACACACACACACACACACACACACACACACACACACAGCGGGCUUUCGGUAACCACUAUGGCCACGUCCCAAACCGCCUAACCUCGGAUCAUGGUGGCUUUGUCCUCAAUCACGUCAUUCUUUACAGCACUAUGCCAAAACGGUGCUCAGAGAACACGACUGCGUGCUCCAUACAGGUUUAACGUACUACUUACAGGAUAGCGUGCGGUUUGGGACACAGCCCAUGUCUGAGUGUCCUCCUCCUCCUCCUCCUCCUCCUCCUCUUGCUCCUCUUCCCUGUGAGUCUUGGCCACUGGAGGCAGCUAGAACACAGUUUUUUUUGUACCCGAGUCAGAGUACUUGAAGUUAUUUUAUUUAAUGCUAUUGUGGGAAACAAAAUGGUAGCGUUCUUUUUGUAGGAGCAUUAUUUUUCACUAGUGUGUAUGUGUGCGUGUGUGGAUGUGCGUGUGUGUGUGUGUGUGUGUGUGUGCGCGCGCGCGAGUGCGAAUGUGUGUGGCACGGACCUAUUAAAAGGAUGUUUUUAAAGUCA